ACUGCCAACUUAAAACCCUAGAAGCACAGUACGAUAAAACUCUUUUCCGCUCGUUGGGUUUCUGAAGUUGCAGAAGCAAAAGCAUAGAGCCAACGAGAAGCCGCUCACACCCUAAAAGAUGCCCAAGUCUAAGCGCGAUCGACCAGUUACACUUUCCAAGACAAAGAAGAAAGGAAGGGAACACAAAGAAACCAUUGUGAAUUCAAUAAGGCAGGCAGCGGAAGAUUACAGUUCCGUUUAUGUGUUCUCUUUUGAGAACAUGCGAAAUCUCAAAUUCAAGGAGUUCAGAGACCAGCUCAAAUCAUCCAGCAGAUUUUUCCUUGGUUCAAACAAAGUCAUGCAAAUUUCUUUAGGUCGAUCUGAUUCCGAUGAGAUCAGACCAGAUCUCCACAAAAUUUCUAAGGUUCUGCAUGGAAAUGCUGGACUGUGUUUCACCAAUUUGCCGAAGGAAGAGGUGGAAAGGCUAUUUAACGAAUACAAGGAAUAUGAUUUCGCAAGGACGGGAAGCAUAGCGACAGAGAAGGUGGAGCUUCAGGAGGGUCCUUUGGAGCAGUUCACUCAUGAGAUGGAACCCUUUCUACGUAAACAAGGGAUGCCUGUUCGUUUGAACAAAGGUGUUGUGGAGCUUGUUUCAGACUUCCUUGUUUGUGAUGAAGGAAAGUCUCUGUCACCUGAGUCAGCUCGGAUACUGCGUUUGUUGGGAAUCAAGAUGGCUACCUUCCGACUUCACUUAAUAAGCAGAUGGAGCCCUGGUGAAUUCGAACUCUACGGUCCAGGACCAGAUGAUUCAGGUGUUGAAUCCUCAUAAGUGCUGAUAUGAGAUCCAAUGGCAUAUGAAUACAACACUAAGGGUUGGGUUGGGGGGAAAUCAUGAUGUGUUUUGUACUCUUGCUGACCUUCGGGCCAUUUUUGAGUUAGGUUUAUUGUUUUUGUUUUUGGGCGGUUUGUAACUUAUUGCACUUUUAACUUUUGAUGCGUAUGUUUUGACCCUGUUGUAUUAUCUGGUUUUUGUAAAACCUCUAGUUACUGUAAGAAACAUAACCGUUUUUAUAAAGUCACAAAAUUCCAGACCACCUCCUAAA